AUGGCAGAGGAACUGAAACCUGUAAAGGAAGAUGAUUUAAAGCAGCUCAAAGAGAGAAUGAAUUUGAUUGCUAGUGCAGACCCUGCACAAUAUCAUAAUGACUUUUCAUUGCGUAGAUACUUGAGAGCAUUUCAAACAGUUGAUAACGCUUUUCAGGCUAUAAUAAAAACUAACAAAUGGCGGGUAGAGUAUGGUGUUGCAGAUUUAGGUGAUAAUAAAGAGCUGAUAGAAAAGUAUUCCAAUAAAGCAAGGGUACUUCGACAUAGAGACAUGAUUGGGAGACCCAUUGUGUACAUUCCAGCAAAAAACCACAGUUCCAGUGACAGAAACAUUGAUGAACUGACAAGAUUCAUAGUGUAUUGUUUGGAAGAUGCAAGUAAGAAAUGUUUUGAGGAGGUGAUUGACAACUUAUGCAUUGUGUUUGACUUGAGUAACUUCACAUUAUCAUGUAUGGACUAUCAGGUCUUGAAAAACUUGAUAUGGCUGCUUAGUCGACAUUAUCCAGAGAGACUUGGAGUAUGCCUCAUAAUCAAUGCACCAGCUUUCUUUUCUGGAUGUUGGGCCGUUAUAAAAGGAUGGCUUGACGAAAAUACUUCAAAGAAAGUGACAUUUGUAAGCUCAGAAAUGGACCUUUGUCAAUACCUGAUACCAGAUAUCCUGCCCACCGAUAUGUAA